AAAUUGGCUAUUUAAAAAACUUUAAAGAUGAUUUAUUUUUAUAGAUAAAAUUUAUUUCACCUGUAGCGCGUAAUUAAUACUAUACUGCAACCACAUAUCGUUAUUAAGUAAAAUUUGUAGGCAUGGGCAUUUUUCGUUAUUGUCUUCAAUCUCAAAUGAAAAACAUAUUAAACAACAUUACCCGAACGUUGUCUAACAAUAUGACACAUCAAGAGAUAUCAAAGAGGAUAGUUUGGGUGGAUUUGGAAAUGACUGGUCUGGAUAUAAAUAAGGAUCAUAUACUUGAGAUAGCUUGUCUUGUGACAAAUGCGAACCUUGACUUGGUAGCUACUGGACCAAACAUAAUCAUACACCAGCCUGAUGAAAUCCUUAACUCUAUGAACCAAUGGUGUGUUAAUCAACAUGGUGAGAGUGGAUUGACGGAGGCUAGUAGACAAUCUUCAAUAUCAGUACAAGAAGCUGAGAAACAGGUGUUAAAUUUUGUGAGCAAACAUGUUCAUGAGAACAGAAGUCCUUUAGCGGGAAAUAGUGUGUAUAUGGAUAGAUUAUUUCUACGUAAAUAUAUGCCAAAACUGGAUUCGUAUUUGCAUUAUAGAUUGAUUGAUGUCAGUACUAUAAAAGAACUAGCAAAGAGAUGGUACCCUCAAGAAUUUUCUAGAAUACCAAGUAAAAAAUUUGAACAUAGAUGUAUGAAUGAUAUUUUAGAAAGUGUUGAAGAAUUGAAGUAUUACAGAGGAAAUAUUUUCAAGAAGGAGACAUUGAAAGAAUAACAUGAGCAGAGAUUACAUACAAAAAUUUUUAAUAUACGGGUAUCAGUAAUUG